CAAUGUAAAUCUGUCAGUUUCUACGGUCUACAAGCUCAGACAGACAAGCGGCGCAAGGGAGGAUUCAUCGGAACGGUAUCAAAAUUGUCUGUCUUUUAACGAUUAUUGCAAUCAAAAAAGGCACAAUUGGAACUCACUUGGGUAUAAAUAGUGAAUCCCAAGCCCCCCGCCCGCUACCCUUGCACAUAGAUAUGAGCGGCAGCGGGCGGCCCAGAACUAGCUCGUUUGCUGAGCCACAAGGUGUUCCCGGAGCCGCUGCAGCAUCCACCGGAUCAGCCGCUGCCGUGGGGAGCAGCACAGGAAAGACCGGGGUCCCUCAGGCCUCGGGGAGCAGUUCGUCUGGAUGCUCAAAUUUAAAGCUGGCCAGGGACAGUGGGAAGGUGACGACGGUGGUGGCCACCCCCGGGCAGGGUCCCGACCGCCCACAGGAGGUGUCCUACACGGACAUCAAGGUGAUUGGGAACGGCUCCUUCGGUGUUGUGUACCAGGCGCGCCUCAUCGACAGCCAGGAAAUGGUUGCCAUCAAGAAGGUGCUGCAGGAUAAGAGGUUCAAGAACCGAGAGCUACAGAUCAUGCGAAAGUUGGACCACUGCAACAUUGUCAGGCUACGCUACUUCUUCUACUCCAGUGGUGAAAAGAAAGAUGAGGUCUAUCUCAACCUGGUACUUGACUUUGUCCCAGAGACUGUGUACAGGGUAGCCCGGCAUUUCAACAAGGCCAAAAGCAUCAUUCCUAUCAUUUAUGUCAAGGUGUACAUGUACCAGCUGUUUCGCAGCUUGGCCUAUAUCCAUUCCCAGGGUGUCUGCCACCGAGACAUCAAACCGCAGAACCUACUGGUGGACCCUGAAACGGCCAUCCUGAAGCUAUGUGACUUUGGGAGCGCUAAGCAGCUGAUUCGUGGGGAGCCUAACGUGUCCUACAUCUGCUCGCGGUACUACCGCGCCCCGGAGCUCAUCUUCGGGGCCACCGACUACACAGCCAACAUCGACAUAUGGUCAGCGGGCUGCGUGCUGGCAGAACUGCUGCUGGGACAGCCCAUUUUCCCCGGGGACAGCGGAGUUGACCAGCUAGUGGAGAUUAUCAAGGUUUUGGGAACACCGACACGGGAGCAGAUAAGAGAAAUGAACCCCAACUAUACAGAGUUCAAAUUCCCCCAAAUUAAAGCUCACCCCUGGACAAAGGUAUUUAAACCUCGCACCCCUCCGGAGGCCAUUGCCCUGUGCUCGCGCCUCCUGGAGUACACCCCGGUCACACGCUUCUCUCCCUUGGAGGCCUGUGCUCAUGCCUUCUUUGACGAGCUACGCCAGCCGAACGCCCGGCUGCCCAGUGGCCGAGAGCUGCCUCUGCUCUUCAACUUCAGCACCACCGAGCUGUCAAUCCAGCCCCAGUUGAACUCCACGCUCAUUCCUCUUCAUGCCCGCGCGCAGACUGCUUCCUCUGUAGAUGGCUCUGGGUCAGAUGGCUCCUCUCAGCACAGCUCAGUACCUGGAUCACUCAACAGCACCUGAAACGUCCCUGCAAAACCCCCUGUCUGUCAAAACACACACACAGUAUUGCUUCUUUGUCGCUGCUCGUUUAUUCACCUCAUUGGUUAGAACCAUACCUUUUUGUACUGUACAUGCAUUGAACAAACCAUUCAUAGCUUUAGAGGGUAGCUGAAACUGACACGGUGGUUUUGUUACAUUAAGGUGAAACUAGAUAAGCACUACAGGCAGAGAGUUGGGAGACGCUCUCACACACAUACAUUGUCAUGUACGGACACGGUUAGUGUCGUACCACUCCCGUGCUUCUCCUUUAACCCAGCUGUCCCCCUCUCUCCCUAUGCCUGUUUAUAACACUCAUAUUCCUGCUGUUGGGGGUGGCAUUUUAAGGUUCAGUAGGUGGGGCAGGUCCUCUGUAUAUAUAUUUUUUUUUUAACCAAGGUAUUUCUUUUUAUUCUAUGUUUAUUUAUUUGACUGAAGACUUCGAGUUCUUUCACCACAACAGUCUGACAUUGUCUUCAGAGGUCUAUUGAGGUGCAUUUAAAUAUGUCAUAUUUAGAACUAUUUUGUUGCAUCGUUGACAAUGGGGUAAAAGGUCAUAGGUUGCAAAAUGGGAGGAUAAAGACGCUGUGGUUUUUAUACUUUUUAUGAAAUUAUAUUUAAAACAAAAAAAGAUAAUGACAGCUUUUUUUUUCUUUUUUUUUUUUUUUUUACAUAAAUGUAUUUAUUGUUUAGUUUUUGCUUUGGAGAAGCCACUGUGAAUUUCUACAUUGAAUGGAGGAGGGAAAAGGAGUUGCAAGCGAGUUUUUGUUGUGCGUGUGUCACAUCUAUAUAACAGCAUCACUCCAGACCCCCACUGACAGCCCCAAACUGAACCCUCCUUUACUGUCCAUGGGACGACAAUCAAAAACCUGAAUCAAGGUCCCAUUCAUGGUAAGAUGGCUGUGGAAGUCAAAUGUCACCCUCCAACAGUUUUCACCACAUGGCAUUCCAUUGAUAUAUUGGAUUGUGUGGUGACAUUUGAUUUUAAAAUCUGCCAAUUGUUUUGUAUUCAUAGAAUUAAUUCAGAAUUUCUCAUUUGUCAGAGGGUCUUUUUAAAAAGUGUUAAUUUACACCAGGCUUUGUUUAGAAAUGUUUAUAUUCACAGUAAUUAAAGGGGGGUAUAUCCCAGCCGCCAGCACAGAACUUUGUGAGCAUUGCUUCCAUCUAGAUUAGAGGACAAGUAUGAUCAAAUAUGGUUAAAUUCCAGAUGGAUCUUGAAUAUGUCAUGGAGUAGUUGUCCCUAGUUUGGACUUAGACCUAGGCCACUGCAGUUGAUUUAAUUCACUGGGAGGUGGUGUGUGCAAAGACGUGCUCUAUUGCUGGUGUGGUAUGACGGAUACAGAGUCCAUAGUUGUUCUGCAGUCUUGUUUUGUGUGCUUGUGGGACUGACUGAGAGUAGGUGAUGAAUAGAACAGGUUGGUAGAAUGAGUUUGUGUGUGAGAAUAAUGUGUUGUUCAUGUGAAUACUCCUACUCUUCAAUCCAAUCUGCACAAUUUAAAAAGCCAGUGUUGUAGGUUUAGAUCAGUUCUCAAUACUGACCACUUGAAAGCUUUCUAGUGCAAGUGUUUUAUGAUAUUGUACCAACUCUGCCACCCCCUUGUAUGAACAACGUGCAUAUUUGCUGGUAUUGAUUUAAAGGAGCGUUUUUUUUUAUCCCUGCAUCUCUGAAGCCAUCUGCUUCCUAGCCGGGAAUCCCAACUGACCUGCAGGAAAUUGAGCAUUAUCAGUUUGGAUUCCUUCUGUUUUCCACCCUAUCCCGUGCCCCCCCUUGGUCUUAUUGCACAUCUGUAAAUACCACCCACUUUUACUUUCCUCUUUUUAGUAGUGUUUACUUUCUGUUACUUGUUGAAGCCAGUCUUGACUGACUCGUUUCAUUUCCAUUGAAUUGUGUAAAUACAAAUUUUUGUUUCAAUGUCCUGAUUCAAGAUGUAAAUACAGCAACAAAAAAUUGACCACUUUUUUUUUUUUCUCUCCCUGUUCGAUGUCUCUUUCUCUCCGUCUCUCUCUGGCUGUGUGCCCCCCAUCACCAUACAACUGUACUGUAUCUUGACGCUUUCUAGUCCUCACUGGUGUUCUCAUGUAAGGAGAGGUUAAGGCCCCUGACUGUUCUGUGGCUGUUAUGUCAGAUGUUUCCGACUAUAUAUGUACUGUACUUGGCACUCACAACAUGGUAUUUUUAAAGCAAAUUAAUUUUUGAAUGGGUUUAAAACUGAAUGUUUUUUUUGAUUGGAAAUUUGUGUGUCUGUGUUGCGUGUGUGUGUGUUGCGUGUUGCAGUGGCCAUUCGGUCACUGCAGUACCUUUUGUCCCCAUGCAUUACUAGUACCUAAUGUAAGAGAUCCAGUGUGUGGUAGUGACAUACCGCUGGGAUUCAGUGGAGCCACGAUACCAGUUUUGCCCAGUGUAAUGUGAAGGGGAAACGUGAGGGCCAUGAUGGCAACCCCGGGUAGGGUGAUGCCGUCCUCCCUUGGCACUGCCUAAGCUCAUCACGGACAAUUUCAAAAUUGCAGCCAUGGACAAAAUGCAGCGACUGCGGAACAAGCCAGUUAUGAAGCCCUUCCCUGUGUGUGUGAAAGUGUCUCGAUGUGGCGGCCUGACCGCUGGUUCCGUUAACGCAUUCUCAGCGAUGUUGGACUACUGUUUUUAGCAUUUAAGUACCCCGUUUUGUGUGUCGCCAUGCAUACAGCGCCCCCAAGUGAGGUUACCGUUCUGUGAGUGAUACGGUACUUUUUAGCUGUCAUUUUCUGUUUCAUUACAGUUUGUAUUGUAUCAUCCUGACAGGAGAUUGUCUUUUGGGGAUGAUUGAGGAGAGUUAAGGAGGGAGAGAACCCAACUGUGUCUGUAUCAAAUGAGCUCAUUUAAUAAAGUGAUAAAACUGCUGUGA